AUGCUCAAAAUAGUUUAAAUGAGAAAUUUUCAUCUUUAGAUCUUGAUGCUUAGAAGUUUCUCAUUCUAGAAUUAAAUUCAUUUCUAUAUUAUUAACUCUAAAUUAUAGACAAUUUUAAUAACAUAAAGGUCGUCCCAAUUUAUUGAAUUUUUAAAGUUUUUGUGCAAAAAUAAUUAACACUAGAUAUUUAUCUUGCAUUAUGUUUUUAAGUAUAAAAAGNGAUGUAAUAUUGAAAAUAGUCCAUAAUUUAGAAAUGCUAUAGAAGAAUAAUAAAAAAUAAUUAGAGCUUAAUAUGAAAAAAAAAUAACAGAAUUAGAAAAGGAAAGAUCUUAAUUGGAAGAAGAUAAAGUUUAAGUUGAUAGAUAUAAACAAUUAACACUUAAAUAAAGAGAUAUUAUGAUUGCUCUAACUACUAGAUUGAAUGAAAGAGAUGAAACUAUAGUUUAAUUAUAAGAUGAACUUGAUGCUUAUGAUAGAAUUCAUAGAGAAACUGAAACUAUGCUUGAUUAAAAAUUAUAAAGAGUAUAAUAAUUAGAAGAAUAUGUUAAUUCUAUGGGAGGUAAUCUACCUAAUGUUUAAUAAAUAUAAUCUAUUAGACAAAGUAAAAUUAAAGAUUGUGUUACUCAAGAUGGAUAAGAAACAUAUAAUAUCACAAAAGAAAACUUACAAGAUUAUGAAUCUUAAAUUGAAUAAUUAACACUUAUUAAUUAAGAAUAAGAUUAAGAAAUUUAAAGAUUAAAUAAUCUAUUAAUAAAUCAUGAGAAUUCUAAUUUAAUGGAUUAUGUCAAAUGUAUUUUAUUUUAUCAUUAUUCUAGCUUCUGUUGAUAGUAUUAUUGAUGCAUUAUCUUAACCAAAUGAUGGUUUAAAAUUGCAAAAUGUGGCUAAAGAUCUAAUAAGUCUCUAAAAGAUCCUUGCAGGAGAUCAAUAUUAAUCAAAUCAUGCUUUUAAUAACAUUCAAAAUAUAGUACAUUCCAGAAAAGAAUCUCCUAUGCAUACUAAUUAAUCCAAAAAAUCUUUAAAUAAUUCAUAAAAUUAUGAUGAAGAUGAGUAACCUAGAUAGUUAAACAACUUUUAUACUUUUUCCAAGUAUACUAAUAUAUUUAUUCAAGUAAAUCAUAAUCUUCGUCAAUGAAAAAACAAAAAGAUCCCUCUCUUCCUAAACCAUAAAUUAAUGUUUAAGACAUCCUUAAAAUGAGAGAAGUCAAAAAAAACCUUUAUUCUUGA